AUGGCUGCACCUUGGCCCCAGGUGGUUCUUCUAGGAGACUCGCUCUUCCAGGGCGCAUCCGAUGUUCAGGGCGGAUUCUCUUUCCAAGGCGCACUGCAAAAUCACUGCCAGCGUCGAUAUGAUGUCAUAAACAGAGGGUUCUCGGGCUACAACACCUCUCAGGUCCUCAAGAUCCUGCCCGACAUCAUCCCAGCUCCUCAUCCGUCAGGCCCUCAGCUCAAGUACCUGAUCGUCCUCCUCGGAGCCAACGACGCGGCCUUGCCCUCGCCUGUCGAUAACCAGCACGUGGACAUUGGCCAGUACAAGACCAACCUCCGCGCCAUCGUCACACACCCACAUGUCGUCGCCCACAAGCCCAACAUCCUCCUCGUGACGCCGCCACCGCUGGACGAGAUCCGCCUCGGCGCCAUCGACCGCGCCAACGGCCGCGAUGGCCCCUCGCGCCAAGCAAAGGUAUCAGCGUCGUACUCGGCCGCGGCGCGCGAGUUGGCCGGCGAGCUGGCCGCCAGCGGCGUGGUGCUCAUCGAUCUGUGGAAGGAGCUCAUGAACGUCGCGGUAGCCAAAACGCCCGGGUUCUACGGGGUCGGCGGCGCCAUCCUGGGGGAUCCGGGGUGUGGUCUAUGUGGGCACCUGGAGAACCUGCUCCCUGACGGUCUGCACAUGAGCGGGGAGGCAUACCGGGUAUUCUUCGAUGCCGUGAGACCGCAUAUCAUCCCUGAGAUUGCAACGCUGGGUAAUGGUCCUCUGCAAAUUUCCCACGCCGAUGUUUUCGACGGCUUUGAUGAGCACGGCCAGAAUCUGCUUGGCUCCCUGCAUCUGGACGCCGAGGACGAACCGGUGCGGCGCGGCGCGGCAUCACGUGCCAACAGUGUCCGCUUUGAUGAGAGUGCUCUUCAGGCUUCCGGCUGGGGCCAGAGCACUCGCCAGGCGGGCGAUUUUGUCCCAAUCAGGCCGACCAGUGGCUUCGGUAUGAUGGAGCGGUCCCUGUCACACAAGUCGGACGGGAGGCAUAGCUCUGCAGGCCACUCUGUCCAUUCUGUUCACUCAGUGGCGUCUGGCCGAGGCAGUAGUCUGGGUCACUUGGACACCAACUCGGUAUUCGGGGCGCGGGAGGAGGAUUCGCCAGUUGAGAUACCCGAGCCGCCCCCUGGCUUGUUUGUCUUGGGAUCGGUGCCUGCCAUUGUGAGGUGUUGGCUGACCGAGAAUUUUGCCCACAACACUUUGCUAUAUGCCGAUGUCUGUUCCGGGGCGCAAAGAUCUACCUUGGAUUACUCUCUUGCCAAGGAGCUCGAUCUGCUUAGCGAUAUUCAUAAAGGUGCAGAUGGCAUCAGUCGCUUGACACUCACAGUUUAUCUUGCAGAGGCUAUCGUCAGCCAGUCGAACUCGACACGGUCACCAGGUCCGGUGCCGCAUAUACCCAACAUGACGGUCAACUUUGAGGUAACCGGGCUAGACGUUCCUGAAAGUCCCGAGAGCAAGAAAUCGAUUCGCAUCUUCAUUGGGACCGACGCCCUCCGGGCCCACAGCGCCGAUCUCUUGUUCUCGCAGAACCUGAUGACGCUGUACAGCAGCAACCGGGACAAGCUAUCAGUUCCUUUCGUGAGACCUGAGGAUGACUCCCUGUUUCGUUUCUUGACCACAGUCAACAUUGUCCCUGAGAAACCGAAACUCAAUGCCUCUGCGCCCGAGUUCGUUUUGGGCAACAGUGCGAAGUCUUCUCCUCCACGCCAGGCCGCAGAUACCGACAGCCAGCAACCGGCCGAAAAGGAAAUCAAGUCGCGAGACGACCUUCACGGACAAGGGUCCAUGUCGCCGCUCGCACUUCCGCCCUAUCAGCCGCAGACAGCGGUUACCGGGUCCAGCACACAUUCCGAGAGUGGCGCAGAGAGCGAACAACAGUCCACUAAGGGAAGGAGCACCAGCAGCGGCAAGGACGAGCCAUCUCUAUCGUCCUCGGACACCAACCACAACACCCGCCGCUCAACUACAGAGUCUACACCGGGAAUCUGGGGCUCUUGGCGACAGGGAGCGGCCGCCGUCAAUGGGAGCGGAGGUGAUGGGGCCGCAGCUCAACGUGGGGAGAAUGGGUUGAGUGGUUACCAACCAGCCGGGCGCAGCCGUAUGAAGGUCCUGAAGCCUAGCAAGUCGGUCGCUGGCAGCGGCAGCACGCCGUCUUCGUCCACCCGAAAAGGCCAAUCCUACGAAUCACCGCCACAAUCGUCAUCACGAAGCAGCGGCGAGCAUCGGCGGAAGAGCGCUGCUGCUGGUGGAGCGACUCACGCUGCCGAGAACACGCCGAUGAUUAACAGUACCCACACAGUCCGCUGGGAGAAACGCAGCAUUAGUGGGAGCAUAUCGAGCUUCAAGGAUGGGAAGCUCGGCGGUGCGGUCAACGCCGAGUCGCGGAGCUCGUCGGCCACGCUGCCGAGGUCGGUGAACCCUGUCGGCGGCGCAUCGGCCUUUUCGUGGAUGACUCCGGCGCCUAAGCCCAAGACUCCUGCGGUUGGUGAGUGA